CUCACCAUAUCACAAGUUUCCAACAAUAACAAAAAGUUUUUCAUGGUGUUAAAAAGACGAGAAAAGCUUCCAUUUACUGGAUGAGAGCUGGCCUUGUUAUUUAAUAUAUGCAGGGUUCUUAGGGGGAUUUUUGAGAAGUUUUGAUUCUUCCUGUGAUGCAAAUUUGAUUUCAGGCUGACGUUCUGAGCUUCUCUCAAGAACAACACGCUUAAGACAAGACAGCAGUCAGGAUGAAGUUGUCACUGUCCGUAGUGAUCUGUUUAAGCCUGGCUUGGACUCGCGCUCAGACGUCUGACAGACCAAACUGUUACGAAUGCGACGAAGAUCACUUCUGCAACUGUUCUGCAAAGACUCUCCACAGGGUACCCAUAGUUCCCGCCAGCGUUCUGUCCCUCGACGUGUCCUUCAACGAGAUCGAGUCCGUUACUAAGAAGGAUCUGGCCGCGUACACGGCGCUGAGAACGUUGAAGCUGCAGGAGAACGAGCUCAGCGCGAUCCACAAAGACGCGUUUCAUUCCCAGAGCAAACUGGAAGAACUCGAUCUGUCGUUCAACAAACUGGAAAACAUUUCUUCGCUGUGGUUCUCUUCGCUUCGGUCUCUGAAACAUCUGAACAUCUUGGGAAACCGAUAUAUGACCUUGGGAGCCGUCGGCCUGUUCCAGUUUGUUGAGGAUCCUGCGCUGAGGACGUUACGAUUCGGCAACCCUUCGAUCGAGGACGUCAGACGGAACAUGUUGAAUAAGAUCAGACAGCUGGACGAGCUGACGUUUGUCGGCGGAAAGUUAAGCUCAUACGAGAGCGGAAGUUUCAAGACAGCUCAACCCAUCAGGGUGGUUUCUCUCAGCCUUCAGGGGUUGUUUCAGGAUGAUCCGGCGCUCGUAUCAAAGAUCCUUCGAGACGUUUCUCACCCUGAGACAUCGCUGACCGUCAGAGAUGUUUCGCUGGAGACAAGAGAACCCAUACAAUCCUUUAAAGAGGUCAGAGAAGGCUGUACCAGACGGCUUACCUUUCAAAACGCAAGCACGACUGAUGAGGGAGUCACCCACCUUCUAGAAGUUUUAGACGGCUCUCCGAUGUCAUACCUCGGUCUUGAGGAUAUCCAUCUCGUAGGCACGGGUUCGUGGGAAAAAGCACGGUGGACGCACUUCGAAAACCUGCACACAUUGUUCCUCCGCAACGUAGAAAUCCAGGGCUUCUUCAGAUUCAGCAGCAUGAUACAGUUAGCGUUUCUGUUGAAGCACCUCACCAAGAUCUCCGUCGUCAAUGCCACCGUUUUCGUUAUUCCCUGCAGCACCACCUAUUUUCUACAGAAGGUGGAGUACUUGGACUUGAGCCAAAAUCUCCUAUCAGAUAUCACCAUUCAGGAAUCCUUGUGCAACGGUGACUGCAAGAUGCGCGAUCUGCACACGCUCAACGUCAGCCACAACUCGCUGAAAUCCCUCCAGCUCGUGUCCCGCCUGGUCACACGUCUCCACAGGCUUACGUCGCUGGACGUGAGUCACAAUGACUUUUUGAAGAUGCCAGAGAGUUGCAGUUGGCCUGCGAGUCUCAGGUUUAUGAAUCUCUCUGCUACAAAACUUCAUCGCAUAACUCCGUGCCUUCCUGUGAGCCUGACCGUUCUGGAUUUGAGCCAAAAUUACCUCACGGAGUUCCACCAGCAUCUUCCCAGCCUCAUGGAGCUCUGGCUUACAGGAAACAGGUUCAUUUCCCUCCCGGAAGGCGGAUGGUUUCCAAGCCUACGGACGUUGCUCAUUCAAAGCAACACGUUGAACGUGUUCAAUAAAAGCGACCUGAUGGCGUUCCAGUCUCUCCAGGUCUUGGAAGCUGGUCGGAACAAUUUUGUUUGCAGCUGUGACUUUGUAGAGUUCUUUACAGGUCGUAUUGACCACUUGAUCACUCUGAGGGACGGACAUCGUUCCUACGUGUGUGACUCUCCUUUCACGUUAAGGGGUCGUGCGGUCGAUAAUGCCCGACUGUCAGUCUUCGAGUGCCACAUGAUCCUGUCCGUUUCCGUCCUCUGCUCUGCGAUCGUUCUCGUCCUGAUCGCCAUCGGGGUCACCUGCUACAAGCUUCACGUCUUAUGGUAUCUACAGAUGACGCUGGCGUGGUUAAGAGCGAAAAGUAAACCGGCCGUACGCAGCGGAGGCGCUGAUCUCUGCUACGAUGCUUUCGUAUCGUACAGCCAGCACGACGCGGAGUGGGUCGAAGAAAUCCUAGUGCCGAAGUUAGAGAGUUCGGAACCUCCGGUCACUCUGUGUCUUCACAAGCGAGACUUCCUUCCCGGCCGCUGGAUCGUCGACAACAUCAUCGAGUCCAUAGAAAGUAGCCAUCGGACUCUCUUCGUCCUGUCGGAGAACUUCGUGACGAGCGAGUGGUGCCGCUACGAGCUGGACUUCUCGCAUUUCCGGAUCGUCGACGAGCACAACGAUUCGGCCGUCCUGAUCCUGCUGGAGCCGAUCGCCAAGGAGACGAUUCCCAAGCGUUUCUGCAAACUGCGCAAAAUCAUGAACUCCACCACGUACCUCGAGUGGCCUCACGACGAAGAAAAGCGAGAGGUGUUCUGGCAGAACCUCCGAGCUGCGCUCAAGAGGGAGCACCGCUGAUCCGUCACGGGUCGCGCCUCCGUCACCUCGGACACCGAUUCCGCGUUUCAUUUUGUCCAGGAUUAAGGUUCUGAAUGAUGUCAAUGUAG